UGCCAGUCCCUUCUGCCAAGCUUCUCGAUAUUUGUGGGUGUACUUUGUGCUCCUAUUUUGUUGCAAAAGUAAUUGUCAUGGCUUCGGAGCGGUACAGUUUUUCGUUAACGACUUUUAGUCCAUCAGGCAAGCUAGUGCAAAUAGAAUAUGCCUUGGCUGCAGUAGCUGCUGGUGCCCCAAGUGUGGGUAUCAAGGCAUUAAAUGGCGUUGUUCUUGCCACCGAGAACAAGCACAAGUCUAUCCUCUACGAUGAACAUAGUGUUAGCAAGGUCGAAAUGAUCACAAAGCACAUUGGCAUGGUCUACAGCGGUAUGGGUCCAGACUAUAGAUUAUUAGUGAAGCAAGCGCGAAAAAUGGCACAACAGUAUCUCCUGGUUUAUCGAGAACCCAUUCCGACCGCACAGCUUGUGCAACGUGUCGCGAUGGUCAUGCAAGAAUACACACAGUCUGGAGGUGUCAGACCCUUUGGAGUGUCUCUUUUGAUUUGUGGUUGGGAUAAUGAUAGGCCCUAUUUAUUCCAAUGCGAUCCGUCCGGCACAUAUUUCGCAUGGAAGGCAACUGCAAUGGGUAAAAACUUUAUCAACGGCAAAACGUUUCUGGAAAAGAGAUACAGUGAGGAUCUGGAACUGGACGAUGCUGUUCACACUGCCAUUUUAACGCUUAAAGAAGGUUUUGAAGGGCAAAUGACUGCAGAUAAUAUCGAAGUUGGCAUUUGUGAUGCAAAUGGAUUCAGAAAAUUGGAUCCUUCCAAUGUUAAAGAUUAUCUCGCUAAUAUUCCUUAAAGUAAUAUUCCUUAAGUUUCUUUUUUAAUGUAUUAUGGAAGUAAAACUUUACAAUCGUUAAUAGAUUCAAAACAGAUUCUUAUAAUAAAUUCUCUCUCACCCAAAACAAAAAGAACUAAAAGUUU